AUGACUUGUAAGCGGAAGCGAUCCGAAACAGAUCUCGCGUCUAGAUCAACAGCAUCGAAACGAUCCCGCCACACCGAAUCCCACGAUCUACUAUCGCCCUUAUCUGACGAGCUACUCAUACGCAUACUCACAUUUCUACCUCUUCCCGACCUCCUAAAUACUGCCCCGGUGUCGCGCCGAUUCUACGAUCUAUCCGGCGAUUCGCAAAUAUGGAAACAUCUAUAUUAUUCACGAUUUGUCCUUCCCCGCGCCUUGCGCAUUCCGGGAUUCCGCGAUGGGUCAACUAGAGAAGGGAAAUUACAUUACUCAUCGCGUAAGGCAAUAUGGGUAGAUGGUAGAAGAGGAGGCUGGGUGGAUAUGCACGUUGGCGAUCUAGACGACCGAUCAAGGAAUUGGAAGCAACAGUAUAAACUCCGACACAACUGGUCGAAGGGGAAGUGCGCCGUCGAAGAGCUGUCGCUUGGAAAGGAGGGGUCAUUAUCUGAGACAAGUCCAUCAUAUAAGAUGCUUGUGAAAGUUUCCGAAGGUGUCGCAGUAACAGCCGAUGUCGCUACUGGACUACGAGCUUGGAAUCUUAAGACGAAACAGCUUCUGGCGCAAAUUACUUUAGGCGAAACCGAAUCGGACGUCGCACCAAGUUGCAUGGCAGUAGACGAUCAAAGACUUGGGGACCAAAUACUCGAAAUUGCGAUAGGAUUUACCGAUGGUAGCUUUGGUGUUUGGAGAUUGGGUAUUCGAGAAGCAGGAAUAUUACGAAGGUAUCGUCACGAAAAGUCUAGCAAUGGAGAACUGGUCGGAAUCGCUUUUUGUUACCCAUAUCUCCUAACCGCAACCAAAUCCGUGCUUUUAUCCUUAUAUACCUUCGAUAUUCCGCCCAAAACAAAUCGCCCGAUAACGCCGGAAUCCGACGUCGAAUCCGUAUUGGAUUCUAAGAAUGAGCGUAUACGAAAUCAGAAAGAUUGGCCUAUCUUCAAGGACCCAAAACCAAGGAAACAAGAUAAUACUAAUCAUAUAUCACUUCGCUCACCAUACCUCCUCACUUCACUUAAAUCACAUACAUCGAAAGCACCAUUGGCGUUGUCCAUUCGAAAAAUGGCCGGGGGCAUUGUUGCAUCGAUUGCCUACACCUUUUCUACCAUGCGAGGGUGGUGCGUGGGUAUUCAGGAUCUACACAUACACUCUCCUACCCCCGAAUCGAAAUCCGCACCAGACAUAACAGCCACUCGUCUAGCAUACACCCGACCAAUUAGGACACCUUAUAUCUCUUCGUCUUUCAAUAAUCUCGACCCCCUAUCGGAAUUUCGCGGUGAUAACAUGGAUGGACCAAUUAGCCUAUCUUAUACUCAUCCAUAUCUCCUAGUAACCUUACCAGAUAAUACGUUAAUAUUGUACCUGUGCACAUCAAACGCAACAUCUCUUUCUAUAUCAUCCGGUACCCGGCUCUUCGGACACACAUCCGGAAUAAGCGACGCCGAAAUAACGGCGCGGGGCAAAGCAGUUAGUGUCAGCCGAUACGGAGAGGAGAUUAGAGUCUGGGAAUUAGAAGGCCGGGCCCAUGGAGAGAGCAUUGAAGUCCGGCCUACUAUGAAGCCCUCUCUAAGCGAGGGAGGCCCGGAGACUUUCGCUCAUAACUAUCUAGGCGCCGUCUUACGGGAUGAUAGCCGGAAUUGGGUUGGAUUCGAUGACGAAAUGGUCAUUGUUUUAAAGGGCUUGCAAGGCAGGGAGAGCCUAAUGGUUUACGACUUCACGUAA